CGAAGACGGUAGUCAGAUUGUCUUUCAGUAGUCAUCUUCCAAAGAAAUUCACACGGCAUUAUGGUUCAAUCCAAAAUGGAACACAGAGAGGUGCCAAGGUUGAUUAAAUACUACACCAUCACAACUGGCAAUACUAUGGGUUCUCAUAUCCAGUUUACGAGACAACUUGGAGGAGGCUUCACUGAAGUGAUGUCACCAGAGCAGAGUGAUGUCAUCAUGGCUUUCUGUCCCAUUGUCUCUCGUGCUGGUACUGAUAUUGAGGCAGCACUGCAGCAGAUUCCAGAUGAUAAACAUGUCAUUCUGGUAGUCCUGCAUCACUUUUUUAAUCCGGAGUGCACUGUACCUGACAGCAGCAGACUAGUGACCAGAGGUGAUGUAAUACUCACAGUGGACUGUCUGUUCCAUGAGAGUCAGGGAGGACUACUGAACUGUCCUCGCAACAAAGCAGCAGUUGGUAACAUUCUGAUCCAGCUGAACAUGAAGCCAAAGGUGACAGAUGUCGUCAUGGACAUCCCUGAUCACAGGAACAGGCCACGCACAUUUCUUGGAGGGAUUUCAGGGAUGGUGAGAUUCUUCAUAUUUGUGUAUGGCAAUACCUUGGGUGCUCAUGUGGAUUUGACAAGACAUCUCGUCAUCAGAGGAGGCUGUACUGAAGUGAUGUCACUAGAAGAGAGUGAUGUCGUCAUGGCUUUUUGUCCCAUCGUCUCUCGUGCUGGUACUGAUAUUGAGGCAGCACUGCAGCAGAUUCCAGCUGGUAAACCUGUCAUUCUGGUAGUGCUGCAUCACACCUUCAACCCAGACUACACCGUACCUGACAGCAGCAGACUAGUGACCAGAGGUGAUGUAAAACUUACAGUGGACUGUCUCUUCCAUGAGAGCAAGGGACUAUUGGAGUGUCAUCGCAAUGAAGAAGCAGUCAAAGAGAUACUGAGGAAGCUUAAUAUACAUCCUGAGACUGAAUCUGGAUCUGCAGUCAGUCGUUGUCGCCAGACACCACCAUUUGCAUUUGCUGUUGGUCUUAUUUUUCUUGUUCUUUUGUGUUUGGCUAUAUUUUUUAUUGUUUCUAGCUAGAAACAAUGAGGUUUAUCAAAAUAACCUAAUGGAAAUAGAGCAAGUAGUUCUAAACUGCAAUAGAGGAAUAAACUGUAGAAAUUACAUAGACAACACAGAUAGACUGACUUAAUUGUACAUUAAAAGUAAUGAAUAAAGCCUAAUAAAGCACCUACUCUACCUACCUUUAUCUAUCAGGAUAGUGUGUUAGUUUAAGAUGGCACGAUGCUCAUGUAAUAUUGUAGGCCUACUCUGAUUGUAUAUUCUGUGUUGUCACUUUAUUCUGCUUCGACUGCCCUUCUUUUAAAUAUUAAAGUCAUUGAAUUUCA